AUGCUCUACUUACGUUAUCUGUCUGCUCAGAUGACAACGCGACUUCCACCACUUCCGGCUCUCCGUGACUUUAUCCACAUGUACCGUCUGAGGGCGAAAAAAAUUCUAUCGCAGAACUAUCUGAUGGACAUGAACAUCAACAGAAAAGUUCCAGAAAAGAUAACGGAGAAUAGCGUCGAGAUUCCAAAAGUAUUCAGAUUGCGAAACACGCGAAAGUGACGGAGAACGACUGGGUAAUCGAGAUCGGACCGGGUCCCGGAGGAAUCACGAGAGCGAUUCUGGAAGCGGGCGCCGGCAGAUUGGACGUCGUGGAAAUAGACAGCAGAUUCAUUCCACCGCUGCAGGUUCGCGUCAUUCUCUGAUAUUUGUCAUCGGAUGAUAAUCAUUUAAAGACUGAUGUGCCAACACUUUCGUGUACUAAAAGAUAGUGUAGAAUCGGAAUCUAAACUGGAAGUUGGAAAGGAAUUUUGUUGCAGCAUCUCGCGGAUGCUGCCGAUUCUCGAAUGUUCAUCCAUCACCAAGACGCUCUUCGUACAGAGAUCGGCGACAUUUGGAAGGUUCCACCACUCUCGCGAGCCAUGAAUUCCCUUCCAUUUCAGAACGAAUCCCUCCGUCCUCCUUCCGUUGACUGGUACGACUCCGCUCUUCCGGCCAUGCAUGCGAUCGGCAACCUUCCGUUCAACAUUGCUUCUCCCCUCAUCAUCAAGUAAAUCACUACAUCUUUCUCCUUUUCAUUCCUUUCGAUUCAGAUAUCUGCGUGACAUGUCAUAUCACCGAGGCAUCUGGCAGUACGGAAGAGUUCCUCUCACACUCACUUUCCAACUGGAAGUGGCUCAGAGACUGUGCUCCCCGAUUGCCUGUGACACUCGUUCCCGUAUUUCGAUCAUGGCUCAGUACGUUUCGGAGCCGAAGAUGGUCUUCCAGAUUCCCGGUAUCGCUCGCGUUCCAUUUCUCUUUCAAGCCCACAACUUUCAGGUUCUUGCUUCGUGCCGAGACCCAAAGUCGACGUCGGAGUGGUUCGAUUCGAGCCACGCAAGACUCCGUUAGCCUCCGUUCCGUUCGAAGUGCUCGAAAAAGUGUGUCGACAAGUGUUUAUCUAUCGGCAGAAGUAUGUGCAGAAGGGACUGAAGACUCUGUACCCUGAAGACCUGGAAGAUGAGUUGGCGACCGAGUUGCUCCAGAAGUGCCGCGUGGAUCCGACGACGACGUCGUUCCGGCUCGGCAUCGAGCAGUUUGCCGACUUGGCCGACGGGUACUACGAGCAGUGUAUUCGGUGAGACAACCAAAAUAUUUGAAAAGAAGGGGAAGAACGGUUGUUAACAGCUGACUGAUUAGCAGGCAAAUAAACACUGGGGUGGCAAAUACGUGUACCACUGGAAAUUUAUAAUUUAGAUAAGAAUUAUCGGAUUCUACCACUUCCUGCCCCGUUGCGAAACGUUGACACCAAUAAGAUAGAGGUAAACAGUAUCACCCGUGACUUCCUGGAACUCAACCCGUCAGCGAGAAUGCGCGUGAUGAAUGGGAAAGAAUGAGAAGCAAAUAGACUCAUUUUCUUCCGCAUUCUGAAACAAUUUCGUGUGAAAUCAGUGCGAAUUAGUGGACGUUUGACACAAAAGAAAACAAAUAGAAAGAUUAGGUUUCGAGCAUCAAAGAUCGAAACAAACAUGGCCGAUGUGGCCCUUUCCUAAAAGCUCCUAAAAGCAAAAGUUCACUCUUUCAGACAUCCCGGACUGUUUCUGUACGACCACACGAACAAGCAGCACACUCUCGAGAAUCUGUCCAAAGAACCGAAUGCCCUUCCUCCGGCACGUCCUGUUUUCGAAAAACCAAAGACGGUUUCAGAAGAGAAAAAGUGGUCACUCAAGGAUUUCAGCGUCUCAUAG